ACAAAUUCCCUCUGUGGGUCAGACACAUUUGCUGCUGAGAGGGGUUUUUUAAGCUCCAGUUCAAUUCUUGUUUUUAAAAUCAUGGUUCUGUCAAGUAUGGAGUAUGCGAAAGCUUUAGUUCCCACAUCUUUAAUAAGGUCUGUGUCAUUGGUGCAGAACUCUCUCACACAGCGCAUGGUGUCUCCCCCAGAGCCCCGGCCAUACAGGGUUUGCACACAGAACCGCCGCAGGAGAAAAGGUUUCACAGCCACCUCUCUGGAAGAUCUCAUGGACAAGGUGGCCAGUUCUUUCCUGCUAACAUGUCAUGCCCUUACUCUGGUACUAGAGGAUGAUGGGACUGUGGUGGACACUGAGGCUUUUUUUCAGUCUCUACCAACUAACACAUUAUUUAUGGUCCUAGAGAAAGGAAAAGUUUGGACCCCAAAUAAACAGAUUACAUCAAGUUCCACACAAACAAAGAGGAAAGGAGUUGCCAAUCUGAGCUUUGACCUGUAUAAACUAAACCCACAAGACUUUCUGGGUUGUCUUACUGUUAAAGCCACAUUUCAUGAAAUAUAUACACUCUCAUAUGACAUCCACUGCUACAAAGCCAAGGAGAUCUUGAAGUCUUUAUUGCGAUGUGUUUUGAAUGCAACCAGAGUGGCCGGUCACGUUCUUCUCUGUAGCUCCACAUAUGCAUUACAGCAGAUUGAGGAAGACGAAUACUGUGGCUAAAAUCACCUCAGAUUACAAAUGGUUAAAAACAUCUACCCUACUGUAGUUUUGGCUGAUAUGUAUCAAUGACAGCCUCAGUAACGUCUCUGGUUUAUUAUAUUUUGCAUGAACUAACUAUAGCGCUUCAAAUGUAAACUGAAUAUUCUGCAUAUCUUAUCUUUCAUCGCUGUCUGACAGUUUAACUAGUUUUGUAGCUGGUAGUCUUGAACAACCUAUUUAAACAAACGGACAGUGUAAAAAACCAGCCAAGCAAACAGGAAGCAAUAUGAAAACAGAAUUAUAGUUCGCAAAGACCGAGUUAAGUUUCUUUAUGGGUGACCUGCAUUUCUGAUUAGUUUAUAAUAGUAAAGUGGUUUAAGUGGGAUUAGACACAUUUGUGUAACACAUUCUUCAUCAAUGAGAAAUCAAAGGAAAGUCUAAACUGUUGUGUCUUUAUGGUUAAGCUUUUAUGAUAAUGGAAAUAUAUAGAAUGUCUAGACAUGAACUUAUGAUUUGCUAGACAGAGGAUUUAGGUCACAUACACAUCAAUAUAAUUAUGAAACAACUUGACCGAAUUGACUGGAUAUGUGACAUGUCUUCAAAGCACUCACUUUCCUUUAACAUACACUGUAAAAAUGGUUUUGAGGCUUAGUAAAUUUAACUAAAUAAAAUAAAUAAAUUCUAUAAAAAAAUGUAUUCUUGUUUUUUAACCAAUCUUUUUGUAAAAAAUAACACAAACAGGUGAGUUGUUCUAAAUGAAGACAUUAUUUAUUAAAUUCAAUUUAAUUUUAUCAUGUAAAAUUUGUAAGAAGGAAAUUAAAUUAAUAAUUUUGGGAUGAAACUACUUGAAUUAUUUUAGUAAAUGUAGGCAGUGACCCUAAAAACAAUACGCUGCAAGUACACAAAAAUAUAGUGCAUAAUUUUUGCAUCCACUUUUUUGAUUAAAUUUUACAUGGAAUUUUAAGAAUUUGCUUAAAUUGCUUAAAAUUCCAUGUAAAACUUACUUUAAAAAAAUUUCAAUUGUUUAAAUUGCUUAAAAUUCCAUGUAAAACUUACUUUAAAAAAUUUGCACUUGUUUAAAUUGCUUAAAAUUCCAUGUAAAACUUACUUUAAAAAAAUUGCAAUUGUUUAAAUUGUUUAAAAUUCCAUGUAAAACUUACUUUAAAAAAAUUGCACUUGUUUAAAUUGCUUAAAAUUCCAUGUAAAACUUACUUUAAAAAAAUUGCAAUUGUUUAAAUUGCUUAAAAUUCCACUUACAAAAAAACUUACUUAAAAAGUGGAUCCAAAAAUGAUGUACUAUAUAUUUUACAUUUUUUUAGUAAAUCCAGCAUAUAAUUUUUUCAGUGUACUGUACUGUACAACCGUAUAUAGUAUGGUUUUGAGUCAAAUGUCUAAUAGGUCGAAUGCCUAUUCUCAUUGUUUAUUUUGUUAAUGUUGAUUUAAAAUGCCUAGUUUUGUCUUAAAGUAUUCAUUGUAAUAUUCUUCACAUAUCUACUAACACUUAAUUAACAGCAAGUUUAUAUUGUGUCGAUU